CACGUCACCCACCUCUCUUGGCCGAGUCCACCCAGCUUGUUUCAUUGCCUCAGCUGCCUCCAGCUGCAGGUUUUGAGCUGCUGCCUUCCUCCCAGGUCCAUCAAUUACGAUGAGAAGGAUCCUUUCCUCUGCAACGCCUGUGGCUUCUGUAAAUACGCCCGCUUCGACUUCAUGCUCUACGCCAAGCCCUGCUGCGCCGUGGACCCCAUCGAGAACGAGGAGGAUCGCAAGAAGGCAGUGACAAACAUCAACACCCUGCUGGACAAGGCUGACAGGGUGUACCACCAGCUGAUGGGACACCGGCCACAGCUGGAGAACCUCCUGUGCAAAGUGAACGAGGCAGCCCCUGAAAAACCCCAGGACGAGUCUGGCAGCAGUGGAGGCAUCAGUUCUACCUCAGCCAGCGUCAACAGGUACAUCCUGCAGUUAGCCCAGGAGUACUGUGGGGACUGCAAGAACUCCUUCGAUGAGCUUUCCAAAAUCAUCCAGGUACAGCUGCUUUGGUUUGGAUUUGGGUCAGCUGUUUAUUAGGAAAAAAAACCCCCC